AGUCAGUUUGCAAACAUGAGUCACUCUGACCAUCUCAGCUGCACACCAGCAGUUCCCAGAGAAGCCCAAAGUGUGGUCUUCAGGAUGGAGUCAGAAGAUACAGCGAGACUACAGAGGCAAAGCCAGCCAGCUGUGGAGCAGGACUUUAAAGUGAUCAAAUGCAAAGCCGCUGUGCUCUGGACGCCUGGGGCCCCAAUGAACAUUGAGGAGAUAGAAGUGGCCCCACCAAGGGCAAAGGAAGUUCGAAUAAAGAUGGUGGCCACAGGAAUCUGUGGUACGGAUAUAAAAAGUCUGGCUGAUAAAGAGCUUUCCCAGUUUUGCCCCAUCAUUAUGGGCCACGAAGGAACUGGAAUAGUCGAGAGUGUGGGAGAAGGAGUAAGCACAGUGAAAACAGGUGACAAAGUCAUCAUCUUAUGUUUGCCACAAUGUGGAGAAUGUAACGCUUGCCUCACUUCCAAGAACAACAUGUGUAAGGAAAUUAGACUGUCAGGGACACAUCUGAUAUCCGAAAGCAGAAGCAGAAUCACCUGCAGAGGAAAGAUGGUGCAUCAAUAUAUCGCUACAGGCACCUUUUCUGAAUACACGGUAAUAAAGGAAAUCUCAGUCGCCAAGAUUGAUGAAGCUGCUCAUCUGGAGAAGGCGUGCAUAAUUGGCUGCGGGUUUGCCACUGGUUUUGGUGCUGCGAUCAAUUCUGCCAAGGUGACCCCUGGCUCCACCUGUGCUGUGUUUGGCCUUGGAGGUGUCGGUCUGUCUGUCAUCAUUGGCUGUAAAAUAGCUGGAGCAGCCAGGAUCAUCGCUGUGGACAUCAACAAAGACAAGUUUGCGAAGGCCAAGACAGUGGGUGCCACUGAGUGCAUCAGCCCGCAAGACUUUGACAAUCCCAUUCAGGAAGUCUUGUUUGAUAUGACGAAUGGCGGAAUAGACUUCUCCUUUGAGGUCACUGGAAACCCAGAAAUAGUGGCAACUGCCCUGGCCUCCUGCAACAAGGACCAUGGGGUCUGCGUGAUCGUUGGAGCAAUUGCCUCUAAGGCUCAACUCAACAUCAGCAGCCGGUUGUUCUUCUCAGGACGUAGUCUGAAAGGGUCAAUUUUGGGAGGUUGGAAAACCAAGGAUGAAAUCCCUAAGCUGGUUUCUGACUACACGGCAAAGAAGUUCAGCCUAGAUCCACUGAUCACCCACACCCUGGCUCUCGACAAGGUCAACGAAGCAGUUCAGCUAAUGAAAAAUGGGCAAUGCAUCCGCUCCGUCCUGCUACCUUAGUUACAAGAUCUGCAGCAUUUCACCACCUGGAUUUUGCAUAUCAUUGUGAUUUAGAAGAACCGGCCACACAACACUUUUCUAUGUUCUUGCCUUGACUCAUUCAGCAACGUUAUAUCAGGUUCCCUCACCUGACCACACCAUCAAAAUUGUUUUCACAUGACCCCCCGGCCAUGCCAGUACCGUGCAGGACAGCCUCCCUUUCACAGCUACGCUAAGGUUGAUGGGAACCACCCAACAGCACAUCCUGCAGAUGAAGGCACACCAAGAUGUUCCACAGAUGCAGCUGUCUCUGCCUCUGGACCCACAUUUCUUCAGCCACUGGAUCUUUCCCACACUGUAUGCAUCUACAUGUGAAGCUUGGCAUAUUGUCCAUGAAAAUUAGAAUCCCCCCGGAGAAGCUACUGGAACUGAUAAACAACCGAGCAAACUUUCGGGUCACAAGACUCAAUAGUGUGGUUACAUGGCAAUAGCAAGUUAUCAGAUAUGGAAAUCCAGGAAGCAAUCUCACAGUUACUGUGAGAUUGGUCCCUCAGAUAAUAACGAGGAAGAAAUUUAUCCCAAGAUAAUAGAUCUCCACAAUUAUAAACUAUAAAACAUCACAGGGUAUAAUGGUGUCCUUCUUUAAUCCAAGCACCUUGGUGGCCAAGGAGGGCCAAGCUAUGUGACUUCAGGGCAUGACUGCUGACAUAGCAAGUUCUACAUAACUUGAUCAUGAUAAGCUCAUGGCGCAAAUAUAUACAUAUUUAAAUAGAUAGAAAUGAAAAACAUUCUUUGUUCAUGAAUUAUGAAUUACAAGAAUAUUGUUAAAAUAUCUAUACUUCCCACAGGGGAUCAUAGGUUUCACGGGUGAUGAAAUCGGAGGACCACAGCGAGCCAGCCCACCCUUUGAUGAUGCAGUCCACCCUUCAACCAUCCUGGGAAAGCUGGCCCUGCACGUCAGUGGACACAGCAGAAAGAGAGCUGGCCAUGACCCUCAUGGGAGAGCUGUUCCCCCUUCCCCCACACUGUACUUGGGAGUGAUGGCCCCACCCCUCACUACAGGAUAGGAAGAACUGGCCCUGACCAUACGGGCAGAGGGGAGCUGGUUUUGCUGCUUCCCUGAGUUGGGGCAGCCCCAGUGACCCGGAGUGACCAGCUCAACUACUGCCCAGGCCCACAGCUGGGCCUUUUGGGUUGGCGCACCCUGACAUCUACUCUGUCUAGGACCUGCUGGAGCUCAUAAAGGGACUGUUCCUGUGGAGAGAUGACCACAGGAUCUCCAGGACCCGGGAUGGCUUCAGGGUGUCUGAGUGGAGUUAGGUGAGGAUCCACUGACGAUGCUGUGCCAGAGACUAAAGGCCUUGAACCACACCAAUGACUCAUUGCAAUGAACCUGUGAAAGACAAGUGUUACACAAAAGGACAUAUUGUGUGAUGCACCAGGACUCCCAAUGUCACUAGGAUGAAUGCAGAGGUGUUGGAGAGGCGAGAAAGACAGAGGAGUAAAGGGGAUUUUUUUUGGUUUGGUUGUGUUUGGUUUGAAUUUUUUAUUUUUUUAGUUUUUAUCUGUGGGGGACUCUGCAGGGGUAAGAAGAGGAUAUGGGGGGACUGGGAUGUGAGUGGAAUUGGGGUGCAUAUUGUGAAAUUCUCAAGAAUUAAUAAAUAAAUUAUGCUAAAUAUUAAAAAAUUUUUAAAUGUCCAUACUA